AUGAGUGCUACUCCAUCUGCGAUGAUGAAUGCGUCGAAGAAAGCGGUGCACGUAAAGUGGGCCGGAAAGACCAUUGCGCUUGGCACGUUUCCAUCAGCAGAGGCCGACGAGAAGUGUGCUCGUGCAAAAGCUUUGACAAGAGCAUGGCGUUCUACAAUGCGCCCCAAGCCAACGCGUGAUUGGGUCAUGCUAGAGUUGGAGAGACUUGGAGUCCGAGUUGUCAGUGGAAGAUUAGGGAGAAAAGCCGGAGAGGAAGAUGAAAUGGACAAAAAAGCAGGAGGCCCUCCUCCAGUAGCCAGAAACAAUAGUUUAGGCUGGGGAGCGGGUGCAGAAUUGGACGCUUUGAUGCAGAGGCGGAACUCUUCGUUGGGACUCUCCAUGAUGAAUGAUAGUGAAUUUAAACGCCGAAGCUCACUGAGUUCGCUUGGUCCAGCCCUAGGUCUUGACACCGGAAUUGACACUACCAUGCCACCGCACCGUCCUUUGGUGGGCGGCGGUGCAGCAGCCGCCUACGAAGCAGCUCGUGCGGAUCACUAUCAACAGAAACGGGAAGAGCAACAACGCCGUGCAUCAAGCCUAGGUCUUGGUAUGGGUGGCGGUAUGGGCGGAGGUGGAAUGCCUCAAAUGGGGCUCUCCGUCAACCCCAAUCAACACUACGAGAUGUUGAAGCUCCACCAUAUGAAUCUUUUGAAUGAAAUCCAAGAGACUACGCUCAUGAUGAAUUUGUAUCAACAACAACAGCUCCAGCAGCAGCAACAACAACUUCAACAUCAGCAGGCUACUGCUGAUAUUGGUGGUGGCAAUGAUCAAAUGUCUAUGUUGCUUCAACAGCAACAGAGCUCUGCAGGUAUUGGUGGCAUGGAUUUCAACACCCGUGGAUCUUUGGGUCUUGGGACCCUUGGAGCUCCUAGUAGCGUUCCCGCUCCUUCCCAAGCUAGUGCGGACCAAUUGAGCAUGCUCCGCCAGCCGCAAUCCAUUCCAAGCAAUUCCGUGACGCCAGCUCCUGCACCCAAUGCCGAUUCCGGGAACAGCGCAGACAUCAAGAACGAACUGCUAAAGGGCCAACAAGAGCAAGCCGAACUUGAAGCCAAGCUUCAAAGACUCAGGGAUGAUAUUGCCAAGAGAAAGAAGGAAGCUGACGAGUUGGAAGCAAGUGCUGGAGGGGACAAGAAGAGAGACAACGGGGAGACUGAAGAUCCCAGUGCCAAACGGCAAAAGACUGAAGGAGAGGAUGGUGCCGCAAAGAUUCUGUAA